AGUGACUGCUCCAUUUCUACCCACUGCUGCUUUAAUACUUGAAAUUAACCAUGCUGCAUAUACUACUACACUUGGGCAUGUCAUGCUGUCAAUCAAUGCGAUACUAAAAAUACAUGCACUUUUCACCACAGAGCUACCUCUGACAUCAGACUACCGAAUUAUAAUGCGUGUAUUUAAUACGUUUUCAGUAAAAUCACAAAUGUUGCUCAGACUUCAGACCAACACAGUGAACCUGGGACUGUAUACGGCCGCCUCAAUGCAAAGCUCUCCACUUUCCUUAUUAGCUGGAUUUGAGAGAUACCUCAGAGCCCACUGUAACCAUUCGGUGGUGAGCUGGUUUGCUGAGGCAGAGUGGAGGUGAAUUGAAUGGUCUGCAGUGAGCGGCUGUGGGUUGGGUUUCUCUGAGGUUAUGGUCAUUCUCCCCUGGGAAAGUGGUUAGGUCUGGCUGUUUACUUUGGAGUAACCCUGCCCCUCCCCUUAUACACUCUGCUUGGUAAACCAUGAUUACCUCCAUUGGUGCACACCUGUCAUUUCUGACCUCUUUAUGAUGAAAUAAUUAGUAGACUUUAUUUAAAUAAUUUGAAAUUGAUUACAAAUUAAGCUUGUGUUAAGUAAACUCUUGUGUGUGGGGGUUUGGAUGCUACGUGGGCGCCACCUUCUUGUCACAGCAGGUGUGUGUGAAGGGUUGGGGGGAGAGAGAGAGGGGAGGGUGUUAGGACUAGACUUAAUGGGUAGGGGCUAAGGUAGUGCCUGCAUCUUCACCCAAAGAGGAGUUUGGCUUUCUCACUGUGCCUCUCUCUCAGACAGACUCACACAGUGCUGGACUGUAAAAAUCCCUCUCAGCCCUGCUCUCCGGCUGCGGCCACCAGAGAAGAUGCUUCAUCGCCACUCUUCAUGAGAUUACUGCAACACUGGGUGGAGUGGCAGCGCUGCAGCUGAUGGGCUGCUGCUGCUGCUCUUUCCAUCUUUAUCUCUCUUUCAAUUGGGACGCUGGGGAGAAAUAAAUAGCUCGCCACACACUGUUGGGAGGCAAAUGAAUGGAGCAGAGUGAAGGGGGAUUUCCCCAGGCUGCCUUCACACCAAUGGAUCUGGACACAAGUUUUGAACUGGCCAAAUUGUACUGGGCAGAAUAAUUUUUUACUUUGUAAAUUAAUUUUUGCAACAAGAUCAUUUCUUAAGAGCCUGAAGACUGACCUUUUUGUGGAUUUUCUCUGUAAAGAUUCACACCAUAUCUUAAGCUCAAGGAUGUGCUCUAUAGUCGUGCUUCAUCAGUGGAGUCUGGCAGUGUUCUUGCUGUGCUCCCCAGUGACUCUUGAUGGGAGACCAGUUGAUGCACUUAGUAGCAGAACGAAGAGGUCAGUGAGCCACGCCCAGCUGAUGCAUGACAAGGGCCGCUCCUUGCAGGAGUUCAAGCGCCGCAUGUGGCUGCAGGAGCUGCUGGAAGAGGUGCACACCGCCGACGAGCGAGCUCCACCUGUGCAGAGCAGAACCCAGAGCCAAACCUUCAGUGGGAAUGCCCUGCUCGAGAAGCCCCCAGGGGCCACCAAGAACCUCCCUGACAGGUUCAGGCUGGACAGAGAGGGCCCUAACCUGCCCCAGGAGACCAACAAGGCUCUGGCUUAUAAGGACCAGCCACUAAAAGUGGUCACCAAGAGGAAAAAAAAGGUGAGGUUAGGCCGACGCAGAGAGAGCGACAAGAAGCGGAGGCGAGCGCGGUCUGUCUCAACAAAAGAGCCAUGAAGGACGCAGUGCCCUGGCUAAGAGACUCACAAUAGCCUUUACAUGGUACUGCACUAAGACACUGACAUAGUUCAACUAGACUGGGAUCUGAGAGACUCUACCCAUGGCUGACUCAGUCACUUCAUAUUACAGCCCCAGGUUGUACUUGUAAGAUAAUAUUUUGCUGUGUUUGUAUUUCCGAUCAUGAAGUCAUAUCAACUAUCAUCUUCUUAGGUCCAUAUUUAUUUGGAACAUCUCUAGGCAUCUGUAACUUUGACUUCAAAACAAAGCCAUAUGUUGUCAUCUCUAACCAGCUGUGUGCGCGAGUAGAUCAUAGGAGGAACUAUUUAUUGCCUAAAUAUAAUGUAACUUCACAAAAUUGGGAGGCUGAGUGGUCUACUUUUGUUUGGCUCUAUAUGUGUUGACUAUCGUGAACUUCAAGUUACAUACAAACUGUUCACUGCAUACAUCUGUUCCAACUGUUCUGCCAUAAUUUAUUUCACUUUGAAAGUGUGUAUUUAUUUUGUGAAUGUAUCACGGUGCUGCUGACUAAAUUCCAUAAUGCACUUUAGUUAUAUCCUGUACAUGUUCUUUUGUGGUUGAGUUUUAUUUUGAUGUUUCUUUUUGAUGGUCCUGCUCUCCUUUCCCACCUUAGAUCCCUCAUGGACUUGUAACUUAUUGGAUGCUUCAUCAAAUCCACUCUCACCAUGUCACAUUAUAGUUUAUUUUUAUAGAAAGAGCCCGAGUCAGGGGCUGUCAGACUCAUUUAAUGUUCUUCACUUGCACUGAGGGCAUACUGUACAUGUUUCCAGUUAAUCAUUAAACAUUAAAAGUGUAGCCAUUAGAAAUAUUUUUGAUUCACGGUCUCUUUGUUCAGCAGCCAUAUUACACCGGACAUUUUACAAGAAAAGAUAUUCGCCAAUGAAGCCCAAUAUCUGUAGAGCGCUUACUCUGAUCUUUAACGUUGGAUGGCUGCGUGGCCCAUUAUUGUCUAGAGUGGCCACGAUCAGCUCCGGCGGCCGCGUCACAGUUGGAACGUGGAACAGCUGCGUUCGGUGGAAUCCCAGGUGUGUUUGAAGGUGUGUUAAGAUUAGAGGUGUUGUCUCCAGAGGCUGCCACCUUCAUCAGACAAAGUUCACAGAUUGCCUCAUUAACGUAAUCAGGUUCCCUAUUAGCAUUGGGUUUAAAGCCAAAAUAUUGCCAAAUAAGCUUUGCUUGUCGCUUUGACACCAAGUCCUCCACCAUCAUCUUGUUGGUCAAUUCUCCUUACUCUCAUCACGUGAUAAGUUAAUAAGUCCUGCUACUCUGUGCUGUGACUCUGCUGCUGCAUGGAACAGACACUUCAGUUUAUAAUUUUAGCGUCCGCGUUCGUUGUCCGACAACACGCUUAGUAUUUUAUAAAUUAUAGUUUUUUAUUUGAUGAAUGUGGGCGCUGAUGUGCAAAAAUGAACUAAAUGGGUUUUAUAUCUAAAAAGCAAAAGCAAAAUGACGGUGGGCAAGUAAUGUAAUCGGUUUAUGCCGGAACACCGAGUAACACGGACUACCGUAGCAAGCCUAAUGAGAGGUAAUGCUGAAAUGAUUAGUCGAGUAAUUGAUUAGAUACUAAACAUUACCUUGAUUUACUGCUUUUAAUAGUCUUUUGCGAUAUACUGUAUUUGAAUUUGAAGACACAUUUGAAGAGGUCACCGUGGGAAGAUUAUGAUGGGCAUUUUCGCUAUUUUCUGGCAUUUUAUAGACCAAACAAUUAAUUCAGAAAGUAAUAUAAUAUCCCUAACAGGAUAAGUGGUUGCAGAUGAUGGAUGGAUAAUAAGAUGAAUUGAUAAUGAAAAUAAUUAGUUAGCCUAGUCGUUAAUGACAAGUCAGACACUCUUCUCUGUACCAUGAUUGCAUAUACGUGAACUUUAAGUGUUGGUUGCAUCAGGUGGACGUGAACACCUCAGCACUCUUUGAGCCAAAAAUGAGAUAUAGACUAAAUGUUACUUUUGUUAUUUCUCAGAGUAAUAUGCAUAAAAUUAUAUACUACAACCAUAGAUAGAUUGCUAAUCAGAUUAUCUGCAACAUUGUCAACUACGUAUUUUACUUCUAAAACCUGACGAUUAUUAUUGACUAUUAUUUUUGAUAAAUCAUUUUGUCUAUACAAUAUGAGAAAAUAGUGAAAAAUGUACAAGGUGACCUCUUCAAGUAGCUUGUUUUGUCCGAUCCAAAAGCAGAAUAUAGUCAGUAUUUGAUCAUAUAAGACAAAGAAAAGCAGCAAAUCCUCACAUUUGAGAAUAUGGAACCAGCAAAUGGUUUGGUGCUUUUGCUUGAAAAGU